AUGGGCAUGAGGAGCUCCAAGAUGAAACUGAAGACAGGCUCGUUUCUGUGGUGCCUCUACCUGGACAAGCUCUACUGCCUGCUGUCCGUGAGGAACGUGAGGGCCUUGGUGGAGUACUUCGGCCUCCUCGACCCACACCACCUCAGCACCAUGAACGAUAUGAUGUUCUACCACUUCCUUCAUCACGUGACUAACUGCAAUCGGAAACAGAUCACGAGUGUGUUCAACAUGCUGGACUGGGAGGCGGCGGGCGCGAUCAGUUUUGACCAGUUCUACAUGCUGGUGUGCAUACUACUGGCACACGAGAACCACUUGGAAGAGCAAUUUAUCUUCCGCCAUUCCCGGCCGGUCUUUGAGCUGCUGGACCUGGAUGGGGCGCUGAGAAUCGGGGCAGAGAGCUUCGAAAAGUACGACUUUCUCUUCAAUAUUAAAAAACACAACCUCCGAGAGUUCUACCAAGACUUUGACAUCACCGGUGACUGUCUCCUGAAUUACAAGGAAUUUAAGCUGUUUACGAUCUUCACCAUGGACAAAUACCAGGAGAAGCAGAAAGCAGAGAAUAAGAAGGAGGAACAGAAGGCUCUGCUUGAAAAAGAAUAUAAAAAAGGCAAAGACAAA